AUGCCUUUGCGUCUUGAUGUUAAGCGCAAAUUAUCAGUUCGAUCAGAUCGUGUCAAAUGUGUUGAUAUUCAUCCAAAUGAACCAUGGAUUUUAGUAACAUUAUUUAAUGGUCAUGCUCAUAUUUAUAAUUAUGAUACUCAACAAUUAAUUAAAACUUUUGAAGUAUGUGAUGUUCCAGUUCGUGCUGGUAAAUUUGUUGUUCGAAAAAAUUGGGCAAUCACUGCAUCUGAUGAUAUGUUUAUACGUGUUUAUAAUUAUAAUACUCUUGAACGUUUACAUCAGUUUGAAGCACAUAAUGAUUAUAUACGUUCAGUUGCUAUUCAUCCAACACAAUCCUAUAUAUUAACUAGUAGUGAUGAUAUGACAAUUAAAUUAUGGGAUUGGGAUGCUAAAUGGGCAUUAAAACAAACAUUUGAAGGUCAUAUACAUUAUGUUAUGCAAAUAGCUUUUAAUCCAAAAGAUAAUAAUACAUUUGCAUCAGCAUCACUUGAUCGUACUGUUAAAGUAUGGCAAUUAGGAUCAACUGCACCAAAUUUUACUUUAGAAGGUCAUGAAAAAGGUGUUAAUUGUGUGGAUUAUUAUUCCGGUAGUGAUAAACCAUAUCUUGUCUCUGGUGGUGAUGAUCGUCUUGUGAAAAUUUGGGAUUAUCAAAAUAAAACAUGUGUACAAACAUUAGAAGGACAUGCACAAAAUGUUGGUUGUGUUGCAUUUCAUCCUGAAUUACCUAUUAUAUUAAGUGGAUCAGAAGAUGGUACUGUUAAAUUAUGGCAUUCAAAUACAUAUCGUCUUGAAUCAACACUUAAUUAUGGUUUGGAAAGAUGUUGGGCUAUAUCAUGUUUAAAAGGAUCAAAUAAUGUUGCACUUGGUUAUGAUGAAGGUUCAAUGAUGAUUAAAUUGGGUCGAGAAGAACCAGCAAUGUCUAUGGAUGCUUCAACUGGUAAAAUCGUUUGGGCUAAACAUUGUGAAAUUCAACAAGUUAAUUUAAAACAAUUAAGCAGUGAUCAACAAUUAAAAGAUGGAGAAAAAGUUCCACUAACUGUAAAAGAAUUAGGUAGUUGUGAAAUAUAUCCUCAAACAUUAUCACAUUCACCAAAUGGACGAUUUGUUGUUGUUUGUGGUGAUGGUGAAUAUAUACUUUAUACAGCAAUAACAUUAAGAAAUAAAAGUUAUGGAAAUGCUAUGGAAUUUGUUUGGUCACAAGAUUCAUCCGAAUAUGCUGUACGAGAUGGAAAUAUGAUGAAAAUUUUUAAGAAUUUUAAAGAAAAAAAAACUUUUAAACCAGAAGCUGGUGCUGAAGGAAUCUUUGGUGGAUCACUUUUAGGUGUUCGAUCAUAUUCAGGUUUAACUUUCUAUGAUUGGGAAACAACAAGUUUAAUUCGUCGAAUUGAAAUUAUGCCAAAAUCCAUUAAUUGGAGUCAAAAUGGUGAAUUAGUUUGUAUUGCAACAGAAGAAUCAUAUUAUGUUCUUCGAUAUCGUCCUGAAGCAGUAACGAAUGCAAUUUCCAAUAAAGAUCUUAUCACUGAAGAUGGUAUUGAAGAUGCAUUUGAUGCUCUCAGUGAAAUCCCUGAAACUAUAAAAACAGGUAUAUGGGUGGGUGAUUGUUUUAUAUAUACAAAUUCUCUUAAUCGAAUUAAUUAUUAUGUUGGUGGUGAAAUUGUUACUAUUUCACAUUUAGACAGAGUUAUGUAUCUAUUAGGUUAUGUAUCCAAUGAAAAUCGUUUAUAUUUGGGUGAUAAAGAAAUGUCGAUUGUAUCUUUUGAAUUAUCUUUAUCAGUACUUGAAUAUCAAACAGCUGUUAUGCGUAAAGAUUUUGAAACAGCUGAUCGAGUUCUUCCAACAGUUCCUAAAGAACAACGUACACGUGUUGCACAUUUUCUUGAAAAACAAGGUUAUCGCCAACAAGCAUUAAGUGUCACAUUAGAUCAUGAACAUAAAUUUGAUUUAGCACUUCAAUUAGGAAAUUUACAAGUUUGUUAUGAACUUGCAAUUGAAUUAGAAAAUGAACAAAAAUGGUUACAAUUAUCUGAUGUUGCUACAAAACAAGGAGAUUUUAAAUUAGUACAAGAAUGUUUAACACGUGCACAAUCAUUUGGUUCAUUAAUACUUUUAGCAAGUGCAUCAAGUGAUAAACAAUUGAUGGCAACAAUUGGAGAUAAAUCAAGAAAAUCAGGACAAUUCAAUAUAGCUUUUCUAUCCAAUUUUGUCUUAGGAAAAUUAGAUGAAUGUUUAAAUAUUCUUAUUGAAAAUCAACGUUUACCUGAAGCAGCAUUUUUUGCUCGUACAUAUUUACCGUCACAAAUAAAUCAUGUUGUAGGUUUAUGGAGAGAAAAAUUAAAACAAAUGAAUAUGGAACGUGCAGCACAAGCAUUAGCUAAUCCAACUGAUUAUGAAAAUCUUUUUCCUGGUCUUAUUGAUACUUAUAAAACCGAAGAAUUUUUAAAACAACAAAAUAAAAUACAAUCAGCUAGAACUUAUCAAACAAUCUCACCAAAUUGGGAAAAAAAUCCAAUAGAAGAAAUGAAAGAAGCAGAAGAAAAUGGACAAUUUUCAUAUAUUCCAGUGCAAUUAAAUAGAGGAAUAACAGAUAAUGACGAUGAUGAUGAUAAUUUUGAUGAUGCAACUGAAACACCAAUUCAAUCAAUAGCUAAGCCAACAACAACUGAUUCAUCAGUAUUGAAUAAAUUAGUUUCAACUGUUAAUCCUGAUCGAUCACGUUCACGUUCUCCAAUGAAUCAUACGAAUACUUCUUCUAUUAAACCAACACAAACAACAUCUAUUAGUAGAGAAGCAUCAACAACAUCCAAAGCAUCAAGUGUCAUAUCAACAACUGCAACAGCUGGUAGUGGUCGUCGAACAUCAAUGAGCGAUCUUGAGAAAGAAUUACAAGAGUUUGAUAUUGAUAUUGAUACUGAUGAUGUAAGCAAUACUGAAAAUGGACCAUCAGUAUUCAAAGAAACUUCUAAAAAUUCUCCUAAUGAGAAUGAGGAUCUUCAAUUUGAUGAUGAUGAUGUAGAUGAAUUUCUUAAAGAAACAUGA